CUUCUUACCAAAAUAUAAUCCAAACUUCCUGAAUAAUACAACUUUAGUCAAAACGAUAUUAUCUAUGUAAAUGAUGAGCGCGGAUUACGAAGACGGAGCAUCAAAGGAACAAUUACAUAUAAGUUUAAGCGUAAGGAAGAAAGUGAGUAUUGUAUGGCGCUACUUUGAAAAGUUGGACAGGCUUCGGGUGCGCUGUAGGCUUUGUGGGCACAAGCAAAAUUAUCAAGGAACAACAGGAAAUAUUUUACGUCACUUAAAAAAUAAACAUAAUAUUGAUGCUACUCUGAAAGGUCAAAAAACCAAUACUGAAUUAGUUACCAGUGGCAAUCAAGUCGAAAGCAAUUCAUACGAUAAAAAUAUACAGGAGGAAAGUUGCGAGAUUGUUUUUCUAAAAAACGAAAGUACAGAGUCUAUCCAUCGUCAUCUAAGUGAUAAAUCUGCAGCCAGAACUUCUGUUGAGGGUUUGGAUCCAUACUCGGACAGCACUUUUCAACUUUACGACUAUACAGACGAAUCACCAAACAAAAACAUUGUACUUAAUCCCGCAGAAACAGAGAAAUAUUCAGUCGAAGAGGAGCGACUAUUAGCAGAAAUAGAAUAUUUUCGUGAAAAAGCUGGGUACUAUAAGAUGCAGAAAAAUCUGGUGGCAUUACAAGCAAAAAAGAUCAAAUAUGAACUUGGACAUUUAUAACAAUUUUUUGGAAUAUUGUUAAUUUAGUAGAAACUGUGUCUGUUAUUACUAAUCCCGAUUUAUAGCUUUCUCCUUACUAAAAUUCGCUAGUAAAAAGUAGGUGUUACACGUGCCAAGUAUAAGUUCAUCCCCUGUUAAAUUCAAGAAUUUCCAAUAGUGAUUCCAUGUAAAGUUACUUUCUAAAGCGAGUUUUAUUUUCGAAAAUCAAAGUUUUCGAUACUAUUUAUCAGUUUACACCAGAGACAUAAAUAUUAUAAGAGAAAAGAAUAAAAGCCAAUCAAAGACUUAUUUUAAAACUCAUUUUAUAAGUCAUUUCAUAAUAAUUAUGAGGGCGAAAAAAUUUUUUAAGUCUUAAAAGACGGGACUUGUUCAGGAGGAUUUGAGGAUUAGUUGGGGCCGGUUCGCAUUAGUUGGGGAGCAGUUUGGGACCAGUUGGGGC